CUGAACGGGUUGAAUCUGCUGUUCAGGGCCUGAGAGAAGAAUUUGGGGAGCAGCAUGUGUGGGGUACUAAAUGUGAUGUUAAAGACGGACAGGAUGUGAAGGAUUUAGUUGCAUUUGCACAAGGAGAACUGAAAUACAUUGACAUAUGGAUUAAUAACGCAGGAUCAAAUGCAUAUAGCUAUAAACCACUGGCAGAAGCUUCAGAUGAAGAUCUUAUUGAAGUUGUAACUACAAACACCCUUGGUUUGAUGAUAUGUUGCCGAGAGGCAAUAAAGAUGAUGUUAAACCAGCAUCGAGGGGGUCAUAUUUUCAACAUUGAUGGGGCUGGUUCAGAUGGAAGACCAACACCUAGAGGCAGGGAAAUACUCAAAGGUGUCAAUUAUGCAUCUGGCCGUGCGGGAAUUCGCAACGAAACUGGACAAACCCAGGUACGGUGGCAUGCAUGUUAUAAGUAGAGACAAUUGUAAUACUGUUGAGCAGAAACUUCACCAAAAUCUCCUCAAUUUUCAUGCGUUUUGAGAUGGGUCUACUCCCAUCUCUUUCUUGGUCUAUUAUAAACUAGUUGACAGGCCUUGUGAUUUAGCAGUUAAUAUGUACCUUGGUAUAUAAUUGAAAAGCUUAAGUAAUUUUAUAUUUUGGAUUGUGUAUUACCAUGGCAAUCAAAUCUUUAGCCAAAGUCAUGUAACCUUUGCCAUAGAAACUUCUGUCUGCCUACCCCUGUCAAAUGUAGAAUAGUAUUUAAGUAAUAAAUCAUGAUAAAUUACUCAUUUUCACUUUUAAUUGUCGGUUCUAAGUGGUGGUGUGUGUAAUGUAGGUUAUGGAUAUUAUUUUUAAAGAUACAGAUAAAACUUGGCUUGUAAAAUUAUUUUUUUCAUCAAAUUACAAACUGAUAAGAUUGUAUUGAAGUUACAAAUACUUUUAUUACCUCCUCCUUUCAUGCUUCUAUGUUGCUUAAAAUUGACUGAAUCUUGAUUGCUGAUUGACUAAGAUUAAAUAGAAAGUUGCACUCUUCUACUCC